AGACGAAUGUAGAGUCUCCAUAUGUAGGUGUUACAACUGGAACCAGAGGUUUUCUAACAAUCAAUAGUACUACAUGCACUAGUUGUCUGCUGACAUGAACCCUGCAAGUUACAAAGACUUUAGCAGCCCUACUGUUGAUGGUUGUCAGCAAACUUGUGAAGAUGAGACCGAAUGCCAGGCUUGGGUUUGGAUGGCUAAAGGAUUUGCUGAUGGCAGACCUGGCGUCUGCUUGGUUUCUAAUAUUUCUCAUCUUAAUCCCAGAAAGUUUGGGAGAGAGUCGGUCCUACAUUUUCGAAGCCAGGGAAAUAAGCUUGGCAUUCUGGAAUGAGAAGCGUGCCAUUAGCCCUCCGAAAUUCAGAUCUAAUAUUCAUUGUGCUGCUUCGCUAAAUUUUGAAUCACCCUACAACGCUUUUCUCUACAGGGAGGAUGGGACAUGUGAGGUGGCUGUUGUAAAUAAUCUGACCCCAACUACCUCACCUUUAGUGAAAGUUCAAUUUCGAGCAACAACACAGGUUGAUGGAAUAAAGAUUGGACCAUUUGGACUUUGUCCUACUACACAUCCUUAUCCUUUUCUUGGAGGGAAAAGUUGUUGCCAGAAGAAUCUUGAAUCUUCAUAUCUAGGUGUUACAACAGGGACCAGGGGUUUAUUGACAAUCAAUAGUACUUCAUGCAGCUUUGGGGCUGUGUCCUGUACUGAUGGAUGGGUCUGCUUGAAAAAUCCAAUCAUAGGAAAUUCACUGCAAGUCAGUGAUAUUGACAUGGUCCCAGCGAGCUACAGAGAUUUUGGGUCUGGUAAUCCUGAUUAUUGCCAGCAAAUUUGUGAAGCUGAAGCCGAAUGCCAGGCUUGGGUUUGGAAGUAUAAAGUAUUUCCACCUGGUAUGUAUUGUUGGUUAGUUAGGGAUGAACCGAGAUUUUCAGCGGGCGCAGACACAGCUGGAUUCAAGUCAAGCUAUAUCAAUGUACCAUUUGCAUAAACAAAUCAUUAAUCGCAUAAUGGGAAUUAAGAAAUUCCAAAUUCAAAUUCUAUGCAAUAAAUUUAACUUUUAACUGCGCUCACGAAAAUUGUGCUCAAAGACGAUCUAAAGAUUGCCUAAAUCCUAAGUUUAUUCAUAUAGGACACCCUGUUUUCUGAUACUCAAUUUCUAGAUGUAUUGAAAAAGCACUUUACUUUAGACAUUUGACAAUAACAAAUCUGUAGGCUGAGUUUUAGAAAAUUGCACAUGCUAGUUUUGUAACUUUUUCUUUAAUUAAAUAAUAAAUUGCUUCAUAGUGUAAA